AUGGCGUUCUUGAGUAUCACCGCACUGACCAGCUUCUUUCUUGUGGCCAUAUGGACCACCAAAGCUACCGGUCAAGAUGGCUGUCAAACUAUGACUGACUCAGAGAACGGUCAGGUCACUUGCGCUCCCAUCCUUGACAUCCCAGCCGCUUCUAUUGAGGCUGCGUCCACUACCCGCACCACAUAUGGCCCUAUCUGGGGUAUUCCUGUGCCUACCCCAGACUGGCAAACUUCUGUCGUAUCAAAACGGGAUUUGUCAGUUGCUGCUGUUUCCCCCUCGAACACCUGCGCCGUUGAGGUCUACACUACCACGGAAACCGUCCCUCCGCUCACGUUGACCUUUAGUGGCACUGCAUUCUCUCAGGGCGAGUGGACUGUCACAAACACCUACACCAGCACUGUCUGUACGGCCCGCGGUGUUACCGACGAACCUAGUGCUGCCAAAUUCACGCCUACACCUCACCACCAUGGACCACCAUGA